AUGAAAUUUCCGAUGAAAAAACUCAUAUCAAUUCUCUUCCUCAUCAUCUCAACUAUUUGUUUCAUUAGACUUUUCAUAAUAACACUCAGCACGAGUUCUGCUUUUCAUCAAAACCCCCAACUUUUGCCUUUCAAAACCACAAUUGAUGAGGAAAGCCUUAGCUUCAAAGAAUACAAUCUUCUCUCAAACCUCAUUGCAAGAAGAGCUCCUUGCAAACUUCUCAUCUUUGGAUUAAAUGCUCAAUUGUUUAACCUCUCAUUGUUAAACAAAGGUGGUAAAACCGUAUUCUUGGAAGACAAUGCCGACAAGCUUAAGAACAAGACUUGGAAAGCCAAUGCUGUGCAUGUCUACAAAGUUCAGUACCGUGGCAAUGCAAAUGAAGCAUUUGAGUUACUCAAGUUUGCUAGAGAGCACAAUGCAUGCAAUUUAGAAGUUAAACUUCAUAUAGACAGUUGCAAAUUAGCAAUAACUGAAUUGCCCAGAAAAGUGUAUGGGAAAAAAUGGGAUGUUGUUGUGAUUGAUGGACCGAGAGGAGAUAAAGCAGAAAUGCCAGGAAGAAUGAGAGUGAUCUACACAGUUGGAGUGCUUGCAAGAGCUGGAAAUGCUACAACAGAUGUUGUUGUUCAUGAUGUAAACAGGAUGAUUGAAAAAUGGUAUUCUUGGGAGUUCCUUUGUCAAGAAAAUUUGGUUUCAUCCAACGGUAAACUUUGGCAUUUUCAGAUAAAAGGUGGCUUCAAUUCAGGCUCAUUUUGUCAUGAUACUAUUUAAUUUUUCACUUAUUUUUUAAUAUGAAUUUAAUAGCUUCGUUCUUUUUCUGUAGAAACAUGUUGUACACUAAAAGUUAGUUUUGGGUUCAAGAUUUAGAUAUGAUAAUAAGCAUAAUGUUUUCUAUGUCAUGUUGCAACUUUCA